AUGGAAGCAUUGGUUUAUACGUUCCUUUUAGUUUCGACUUUAGGGAUAAUUUUUUUCGCUAUCUUCUUCCGAGAACCACCUAAGGUUCCGACUAAAAAAUGA